AUGUGGGGAUAUGGAGGGAAAUUCUAUUGGCGAAAGAGGAACAACGGAGGAGGAAGCGAAGCGAUCGUGGUGGUUUUCGCUUGGAUGUCGAGCGAAGAACGCAAUCUCAAGAACCAUGUCGAUCUCUAUUCUUCUCUUCAAUGGGAUUCACUCGUUUGCCAUUCUCAAUUUCUCAACAUGUUUCUCCCAGAUAAAGCUGCGGAUUUAGCUUCUAAUCUUGUAUCUGAACUUGUCAAGGAGCUUAAAGCAAAGCCACUUCCUUUAGUGUUUGCCUCAUUCUCAGGUGGUCCUAAUGCUUGUAUGUAUAGGGUUCUUCAAAUACUUGAAGGACUAUGCGAAACAGGACUGAAUCAGGAUGAUUGUAGAAUGGUUAGAAAUUGUAUCUCAGGGUUUAUCUACGACUCAAGUCCUGUGGAUUUCACAAGCGACUUGGGAGCUCGAUUAGCGGUGCAUCCAAGUACGCUCGGAAUGUCUAAACCACCUAAACCGUUUGUGUGGGCAGCGAAUGGUAUUGCUUCGAGUCUCGAUUAUGUUUUCCUCAACAGGUUCGAAUCACAGCGAGCCGAGUUCUGGCAGACUCUUUACUCUACUAUAAGCAUGAGAGUUCCUUAUCUCAUUCUAUGCUCUGAAAAAGAUGACCUCGCUCCUUAUCGAACUAUACACAAUUUCGCCACACGUCUCCAAGAACUAGGAGGAGAUGUGAAACUCGUUAAGUGGAAUGAUUCACCUCACGUUGGUCAUUAUCGGUAUAACCAGGUCGACUAUAAAGCUGAUGUAUCCGAGUUCUUGUCAAGAGCAAUGUCGGUUUACUCGCAGAAGACAAGAAGAAGUCUCGACAGAGAAACUAUGAAAGAAACUCAAUGCGAUGAUGCAGAGCCAAUCCAGAGCUUGGGGCAAUCAACCUCCGGUCUUAACCGAAGCUUCAACGGCACACCACUUGUCACGACCGAUCAUUUCUUCGUGCCUAGCACCGUAGGUUACUACGUGGGCAACAGUGGUUCUGUGCAAGAUGAGCACAAACAAGAUCUUAUUCGUUUGUCCAGCGCUCAAUCGGACGACGCCGUUAUGCCCAAUGGAGUUCUUGGCCAAAUCUUGUUUGAUGUUUAUAUCCCCAAGAAUGUUGAGGAUGAUUGGGAUGUCAAGUUAUCGGAAACCGGACGGUCUAGGCGGAGACCAGGGAUGAGGUUUAUACGUAGAUCGAGAUUGUAA